AUGCCUGCAGAUAUUAUCGAUGAUGAUGAUGCUCCCCCAGAGCUGGUGGAUGUGUCCGCGCUACCGGACUCAGAAAAGCCCAAUAUCUCCACGACACCAUCUACAACAUUAGACACGCCGGCACAGGAUCGUGUGCCUAUCACACUAGUAACUGGCUAUCUCGGUGCGGGCAAGACUACCCUGCUUAAUUACAUCUUGAGUGAGAAACAUGGCAAAAAGAUCGCCGUGAUCAUGAACGCGACGGACAUCGAAAAGCCAUUGACCGUCAACCAGAACGGCCAAGAAGUCACGGAGUGGAUGGAAGUCGGAAACGGCUGCAUCUGCUGCUCCGUCAAAGACUCCGGAGUCAUGGCCAUCGAGUCACUCAUGGAGCGCCGGGGGACAUUCGACUACAUCCUCCUAGAGACAACGGGGCUCGCCGACCCGGGCAAUCUCGCGCCCGUUUUCUGGGUAGACGAUAACCUCGGCAGCUCCAUCUACCUAGACGGAAUCGUCACGCUAGUCGACGCGAAGAACAUCCUCCGUCUUUUGGACGAGCCCGCGCCAGAGGAAACCGCAUCGAGCCAUACCGACGGAACUGAGAGCGAGGGCCACGGGCACUCGGGGCCUGUGCUCUCCAUGGCGCACAUGCAGAUCUCCCACGCGGACGUGAUCAUCCUGAACAAGGCGGAUCUCGUUACCCAGGAGGAACUGGACCACGUCCGCUCUCGCAUCCUGGCGAUCAACAGCGUCGCCAAGAUCCACGUCACAGACCACAGCAGGACACCACAGAUUGAGGGCGUCGUGCUGGAUCUCCAUGCCUACGACCACUUGGAUAGCCUGGACUUUGGUGCCAAGGGGCACAGUCACAUCGACCCGGCAAUAUCAACAAUCGCCAUAAUCAUACCCUCUAUACCAGCCGACAAGAUCUCACGGGUAGACGCCUGGCUCCAGUCCAUCCUAUGGGAAUCAAAAAUCCCAGUAACGGGCAACACUGAUACAUCUAACCUCGAUAAUUUCGAGAUCCAUCGUCUGAAAGGCAUUCUAGUCCUGCAAGACGGGACCUGUAAGAUCAUCCAGGCUGUCCGGGAAGUCUUCGAGAUCCGAGACUCGGAGCCGAAGACAAGCGGCGGCGGCGACUGCAAGCUCGUUCUGAUCGGCCGUGGUCUGGGACAGGAUGCACAGCCGUGGCGGAGGAACUUUGAGGCGUUCUUGGAAGCCGGACAGUAG